GCCGCCCGCCGAGAGGCACACACGCGUCCAGUGGACGAGUUGCGGCGAUGGCGCGAUGAAUUGCGCUCGCGCGGCGUACUGGGCCCUCCUCUGCCUCGCCGCUAGCGCCCUAGCCGCGCCAAGACGCCUCUACUGCGAGCGCGCCGACGUCGCCUGGCGGGCCUACCGUGCGCCCGCGGCCUUCGAGGCUCGCAUCCAGUCCUUGUCCAAAGACGCCGCCACCGUCCAGAUCAAGCGCGUGCUCCGGCAUCAAGGACACUGGCCGCGGGAGGAUUCCAUCUUGCGCCUGAAGCUCCCGCCGAGGGACCCUCGCGAGUGCACGGGCCGGUUUGAAGUCCCUUUGAAGAAUAGGAGGAACUACAUAGUCUUUGCCGAGAGACACGGACACCAGGCCGUGGCGCUGGGCCCGCCGCUGAAGAGGACCGGCAAGCUGCUGCGGAGGAUCCGGGCAGUCUACAAGCCGGGAUACAGUAGUCCAGCAAGAGUGGAACCAAUGCAAUCGGUGCGAACGACCCGCGGGAGCCGCGUGCGGCUAGAGUGCCGCGCGAGCGCGCGACCGCCGCCGCGCAUCACGUGGUUUAAGGACGGCCGGCCCGUCGCCGAUAUUGCGCUUAGGAGAUUCCGGGUGCAGAACUUUAGGAGGCGCUCAGUGCUAGUAAUAAGGCACGCUCGGCGCGAGGACACGGCCACCUAUGAGUGUAGAGCCCAGGGCGCCGUGGGGCCGCCGGCUGUGGCCGCGGCUAACGUCAGCGUCAUGCUGCCAGUUACGGCGACGCCAGACACGACGACAUUGGGAGCCCCAUGUCCGAUGCCUGACCCGUCUUCGUACUGCCUCAAUGGAGGCACUUGCCUAUACUUUCAGCUUGUACAAGAACAGGCUUGCAAAUGCCCUGAAGGUUUCAACGGUCAGCGCUGCGAAAACAAGGAUAUAACAAAUAGCAGCAAUAUGAACGAGCCUGUGUGGAGGUGAACGGCAGACCUACGAGACGACUGAGACUACGACUGAUAUGAAUACUAUACUGGAAACUUAAAUGAUAAGGCCGUGGACUAAACGCACCCGACACGCGCUGGUCGGUUCAAAUGUAUACACUUGUAUGGAGCUGUUCCAGACAGCAGCGCCGCCGUCCACUUGCCGCGCCGUCCGUCGCGCUCGUGCGUUCAUUCCCCGGACAGAAAGCUGAUGCGUUGUAAAAUAGAAAAUAUGUAUAAUUAAGCAUAAUAAAGUAAUUAUAUGUAGGCAUCUACUGAAUAUGUAAUUCAAAUACACAAAACAAGUUUUUUAUAUGAAAACGCGUACAUUUAAAGAUAAAUAUACCUCUGAUGUUUGGCCUUCGAACGUCAAAUUUUAAGACUGGCACAGUCAAUAGCUCCAGUAUAGUAUACCUAGCAUCAGUAACUGACACGACGCGAAACCGAUUAGAUAUCGAUACGAUUGUAAAUCAUUCCUUCUAUUUAUUGCGAGUGUAGUAAAAGAUGCUUCGAAAGAAAUCGCGGUAGCUAUGCAGUUUAGUAUAUACAUGUUAUUAUGCCGGUUUUAUGAUGCCUAAUCGGAACAUUGAGUUUUAAAUCAGUCUAAUAAUAAGUUUUUAAAAUUGAAGGUGCUAAGCGAAUGGGAGAUGACGACAGGGACGUCAGAGCGUUCUCAAAUGUCUCUUUUACAUGCCCAGUUUCUUGUACAGCUAGUUCAUAAAUAUGUGCACAUUUUUUCACCUUAUUGCUACGAGUUAAGGUGAGGAAAUGUACAGAUAUUUAUGAACUCGAUUGUAAGACUGAGCGAGAAAUGCUUAAAAUCAGCGGGCGUGAAAAAGUUUGAAAACAGCUUAUAAAAAAGAUGCUGUGCUAGGGAUGGAGAGUACGUCACAUCAGGUGCCGGGUGCCGUAGCCAAAUGGCAUUUCUGCGACGCGAAACAAAAACGAUACGCCGCGAAAGGUACCUAGUCUGGCUCUUUCGCGCUAAUACGCAAGAGCAAUAGAGAUGGAUAUCUACGAGCGUUUCUUUUUGUGAGCGUUUGUGUCAUUCGGCUACGUACCCUGACCAGCAUUAUUAGACUAUACCUACCCCUUAACCGAUAGCGCUUAAAUGGCAUGCCCAAUGUACAGCACUAGGUCCAGUUUACUGAGUUCACGCUGUGUUGUACCUACUUAUGUCAGCUGCGGAUGGUUGAGCCAUCUGCAUACUUACAAAUAAGGCAAUAAAGGGUAAUUUGUCUAUGCUGUUAACUGUACUCCGAAGCCACCUUAAUGCAAAUAUGAAUGACAAGAGUCUCACUUAAUAUAGACAAUGCGAACAUUAAUGGAGUUGCUUUUAGUCCCAAAACUGGUGAUAAGUAUAGGAUUUUUUGUUUUGUUUAUUCCGAUUUCCGCCUACUUUCAACUGGCAGUACCUAUAAUUGUUGUCAAAGUAUGAAACAAUUUUAAAAUGUAACUAUUCAUUUCGAUAGCGAAUUACCUACACAGUUUACGUUUAGUCACCGGCAAUAACAUAGCACAUAACCAAAAAAUUAAAAUUUUGAAAAAAACUCCUACAUAGUGGACCGAAAUCAUGAAACAUGGCUAAGAACACUCCCGACUAAUUCAGCUUUCA